UCUAUUCCCAACAGGUUUAAGCUUACGUCAACUUCUCUCCUAUAAGUUCCGACCAGGAGAGAGAGAUUGCUUCCUCACAACUCCCGAACUCGCCAAACUCGACAUUCUUUCGUAGGUUUCCGAUCACAAUCCGAUGGACAAGCUAAACAUUCAAUUCGGCAGUAUAUCGUUUCCUAGCGAUAACGAAGCCGCCUCUGACUCCUCUGAGAAAGCUACGGUGGUGCAUGCACCAAGAAUUGCACCAGCCUACUUGAAUCGGUUGAAAAAGAUGGUUUCCGAUGCGGCGUCGCCGGCACCGGUAAAUCGGAAACAUUCACCGGCGUCGUCUAGGGUAAACGAUAAGAGUUUAUCGGAGGAGGAGAAGAAAGAGCAGAUCAAAUUCGGCCAAGUCAAGCGGAAGAAAGAUUUUGUUCACUACGAGAGAGUGGGUGGGAAAAAGGUAAAUGUGGUUCAAGGCCUUGAAUUACAUACUGGAGUUUUCGAUGCGGAAGAACAGAUGAAGAUUGUUGAGUGCAUUUACCAGUAUCAGGAAUUGGGUCAGAAAGGGCAACUUAGAGCUCGAACAUAUUCUGAGCCAAAGAAGUGGAUGCGGGGCAAAGGGCGUGCAACGAUUCAAUUCGGUUGUUGUUAUAACUAUGCAGUGGACAAAAAUGGCAAUCCUCCUGGUAUAGUCAGAGAUGAAGAAGUGGAUCCAUUGCCUGCUGUGUUCAAGCAAAUGAUCAAGCGGAUGGUCAGGUGGCAUGUUUUGCCUCCAACAUGUAUCCCCAAUAGUUGCAUUGUGAACAUCUACGAAGAGGGUGAUUGCAUUCCUCCUCAUAUUGACCAUCAUGACUUUAUUCGGCCUUUCUGCACUGUCUCAUUCUUGUCAGAAUGCAACAUUCUUUUUGGCUCGAGUUUGAAGAUUGUUAGUCCUGGAGAAUUUUCUGGUCCUGUCUCGGUACCUUUGCCAAAAGGGUCAGUGCUUGUUUUACAAGGAAAUGGAGCUGAUGUUGCAAAGCAUUGCGUACCAGGUGUUCCAUCUAAAAGAAUCUCUGUUACUUUCAGGAAGAUGGAUGAAAGCAAAUCGCCUUUCAACUACAAGCCCGACCCUGAGCUUCUGAGAAUUCAGCCUUUGGUUCUCCCUCGUCCUCUAGUUAGAGAACCGUCAACUCAGCAAAGUGUUGCUGAGAAUGAAAAAAAGAUGAAGCAUGAUAAACCCCAUUCUCCACCUGCACAGACAACAAACCAGAACGCUCUCGCUGCAAAUAAAGAAUUCUCUCCUCUCGGGAGCUUCGGCUCUUCAAGUAAGAACAGGAGUAUCCAAAGAGUUAAAUAUUGAUUAGCCAUCAUUAGCUGUUCUGCUUGUAGUAUUAGUGUCUUUAAUUUAGUGUAUUUUUACCCUAAACAAGCAUCCUGCUAUUGUCUGUUGUAAGAAUAUUAUUGAGUCUCAAUGUCUCAUUAGUCAUAGCUGUUAAUGCAGUGUGUUUUCUGUGUUAAGUGUAUAUUAUGGAGCAAAUCUGAGUUCUUCCUCAGUGUUUGCCUCAGAAAGUAUCCUUAGCUUAUUUUUUCUUUCAAAGCAUUUAUGUAUUUUUUGACUGGUAAAGGCAAAACCAGUAAAGCAUAUUAUGUUUUGGUGAAUAAAUAAAGUUGCAGCCUUUA